AUGCCUUCCACCAAGACGAGCAUUAUGGCGGCGGGGUUGGCCCUGCUGCCUCUCAUCCAGGCACAACAGCCGGCCACAACCGACCCUGGAAACCCUGCUCUCACCACCUGGAAGUGUUCAACGGCCGGGGGCUGCGUGGAACAGGACACCUCGAUCGUCCUGGACUGGGGAUUCCGCUGGAUCCAUACCGUCGGCGGCUAUGAUUCCUGCACGACCUCCUCCGGUGUCAACACGACCCUGUGCCCCGACGAAGCCACCUGUGCCGAGAAUUGUGUUAUCGAAGCGGCCAACUAUACCUCCGCCGGUGUGUCUGUUUCCGGAGACUCGUUGACCAUGUACCAAUACGUCGAGAGCAACGGUGUAUACGGCAAUGCCUCUCCACGGCUCUACCUCCUCGGAGCGGACGGGAACUACGUGAUGAUGCAGCUCCUCGGUGGGGAGCUGAGCUUCGACGUUGACAUGUCUACUCUGCCCUGCGGUGAGAAUGGUGCCCUUUACUUGUCCGAGAUGAGCGCCAGCGGCGGAAGGAACGAAUACAAUACCGGUGGUGCCGAGUACGGUUCGGGAUACUGCGAUGCCCAGUGCCCGGUCGAAACCUGGAGGAACGGCACGCUCAACCCCAGCGGCCAGAGCUACUGCUGCAACGAGAUGGAUAUCCUAGAGGCCAAUUCCAUGGCCAACGCCUACACUCCCCAUCCCUGCAGCGCCACCGACUGCGACAAGGGUGGCUGUGGCUUCAAUCCUUACGCACAGGGCGUGACCAACUACUGGGGACCGGGCGAUACCGUCGACACCUCCAAGCCCUUCACCAUCACUACCCAGUUCAUAACGGAUGACGGCACCAAGACUGGCACCCUGACUGAAAUCCGACGACAAUACAUCCAGAACGGUAAGAUCAUCCCGAACGCGAAGUCGUCAUCUGGCCUCGACUCCAUCACGCAAUCGUGGUGCGAGUCUUCUGACGGCUCUGCGGCCACCUUUGGCGGCUUGACGACUAUGGGUCAGGCUCUCGGUCGUGGAAUGGUCCUGAUCUUCAGUAUCUGGAAUGAUGGAAGCCAGUACAUGAACUGGCUCGACAGUGGAAGCAGCGGCCCGUGCAGCAGUACCGCAGGCAACCCUGCUACUAUCCUGGCCCAAGACCCUACCACUCACGUCGUCUUUUCCAACAUCCGCUGGGGAGAUAUCGACUCGACCUUCACCAACCCCGGAGGCUCCGGCACAGGUACCAGCUCCAGCUCGACGUCCACCACCACAACCACCACCAAGGCCACGACCACCACCAAGACUACGACCACGACCACGACUACCACCGCUGCUGGGGCAACUCAGACUCACUGGGGUCAGUGUGGAGGACAGGGAUGGACCGGCCCGACCGCAUGCGCAUCGGGAACCACAUGCCAAGAACAGAAUCCUUAUUACUCGCAGUGCUUGUAG